UCUGUCUCCCUGACCCCGUCGCCGCUAGCCUGUCCGAUGCGAGGGAGCGCUGCCAUGGGAGAGCCGGCCCCGGUGAGGAUUCAGAUCGGCGGGCCGAGGAGUCGCCGGGGCGGGCGGCGGGAGAGCUCAUCCGGGCGAGAUGGAGCCACCAUCCCGGCAGGGAGGCGCGUCGACGGGAGCACGGUGUCCACCCGUCAUGGCCGAGAUUCCAUAUUGCGGUUUCAAACUUCGGGCCCCAAGACGUGGGACUGGCAUUGUUUCUUUUCUCAGGGACGCGAGAGGAGAGAUGCACCCGGCGGUUUCCCUCAUGGACUCGCCGGAUUUCCACCGGCGAGAAUCCGAGGACAAUGAGACUUGUCCGAGAAGGUUUGCUGCUGCUGAUGGUGCGCCUCCUCCAGCAAUUUUCUCGACGCCAGAACAUGGCGUUGGAACUUCGGCAGGCAGUGGUUCAGAAUUUCCCAUAGCCGAUGAUAACUCAUUGGUGUGUCAUCCGGCGAUGCACUCAUCCAUAUUGAUGCCGCCGUGUACUGUUGAACCAAGGGAGAUGAUGACACCGGAUGCCAGCGCAAGAUACAUACACGGUGAGCAAGUCCGCGAAGAUUUUGUGCCAAAGAGAAAUAUGGGUUUCGUCACCGAGGAGGAAGGGUAUGACUUUUAUCUACAAUAUGCAAGAGAAGCUGGUUUUGGUAUUACGAAGCUCAAGAGGAAGCCGAUGUCGCGUCUAUAUGCAUGCUCCCGACAAGGUACUUCGACAUUUUACAAGCCCGGGGAGGAACGGAAACGUGCAAAGAUGUCAAAGAGAGUUAACUGUAAGGCAGCGGUUAAGAUGAAGAAAAAAGGGAAAGAAUGGAUAUAUGAGAAAGUACUAUUGGAGCACAAUCAUACCCUAAAUCCUGAGCCAUGGGAGUUGAAGCACAUGCAUUCACACAAGAACAAAGACCCUGCUAUCAUGGAAUUCCUUGAUGAUCUGCAGAUGUGCGACGUCUCUCCUAAUGCCACCAUGAAUGUGUUGACCAAGAUGCAUGGCAACCGUGAGAACAUGCCAUGGAGUGAACGUGACUUGCAAAAUAGAAAAGCUGAAAAUGUGCGUAAGGAGCGAGCGGAUGAUGUAAAAAAACUAAAGGCUUUCUUCAACGAGUGCAGAGCACAGAAUAGUAAGUUUUAUUAUGACAUAGAACAUGACUCCGAGGGUGCUCCAAAGAAUAUAUUUUGGAGUCAUGCUAGCUGCCAGGCUAACUAUGCUGAGUUUGGUGAUGUGGUUACUUUUGAUACAACAUAUAAGUGCAAUUUUUACAAUAAGCCAUUAGCAAUGUUUGUUGGGAGCAACCACCAUUUGCAGAAUGUCAUUUUUGGUUUUGCACUCCUCGGUGAUGAGAAGGAGGAAACAUUUGAUUGGGUUUUUCGCACUUUCAAAAUGUGCAUGGAAAACAAAGAACCUCAUUGCAUACUUACAGAUCAAGACCAAGCAAUGGCAAAUGCUCUUCCGGGAGUGUUUCCAAACACUAUUCAUAGGCUAUGCAGAUGGCAUGUUUUGCAUGGUCACAAAGACAGCUUGAAGGUGUUGUAUAACUUGUAUGAUGGUUUGAAAGAGAAGUUGUUGACAAUAAUAAAUCAUCCCCUCACCCCCAUGGAGUUUGAGAAGGCAUGGAUGGAGAUGGUGAAUGAAUAUGGACUCGAGUCAGAUCCUACAAUUGGCAGUUUGUAUGAUCUGCGUACAAGAUGGAUCGCCGCAUACUUUAAGGAUGUUUAUUGUGGGAAAAUGACAUCUACGCAACACAGUGAGAGCACAAACAGAAUUGCGAAAAGAAACCACAUUGACCCUACGACACCUCUGCACGUGUUUGCAAGAAAAAUGUUUCAGGUUUUGCAAGGGAGAAAAGAAGCAGAAGCCCGAGAGACCAUGGAAUCUCAGGCCCGGCCAAAAACAGUAACAAAUUACCCUCUGGAACAUCAGUUGAGCAGAAUCUAUACCCGUGCAGUAUUCAGGAAAUACAAAGAAGCAUAUGUUUAUGGAACCUCUUUUCUUACAAAGAAAGUUGGCGCUGGUCGUUUCCUUGUGGUGUACGGUAGAGAAGGGCCGACUUUUUCGUGGUCCCAACAUGAGUUCAAAGUGGUUUGUGAUGAAGAGAAAGAAGAAUACAAGUGUGAGUGCAAGCAGUGGGAGCACACAGGACUGCUAUGCCCACACCUUAUUAUAGUGAUGACAAAUGAGCAGAUUCAGAAACUUCCAAGCAAAUAUGUGUAUAGAAGGUACACAAGGAAUGCAAAGAUUGACCCACCAUAUGACAGGAAUGACACUCUCCAGGUUGGAGCCGAUGGGACAUCAAAUAGUGGAAAGCACUUAAAUAUGCUCAGACUGGCUUAUGCCUGUGUUAGAGCGGGGGACAGAUCAACAGUUGGAUAUGAAAGAGUCAUUCAUGUGAUGACAGAACUUAGGGAUCAGGUUGAGGCACUUCCUCCUGAUGUCAUGCCUGUGUUUGAUUAUGGAGGUUGCAGUGAUCCAGCUGGCCGUGAGCUAGAUAAUUUUAAAGCACCACCGAUUGCAAAAACGAAGGGUUGUAGAUCAGAAGAAGGGCGUAGGAUCGGCGCACCCGGGCCAAAGAAGUGCACAAGAAGAUGCAGCAAUUGCGGCCUUAUGGCAGGUCACAAUAGGGCGUCAUGCGAAGAACGAACAGAAAGCUUCACAGUUGGUGGCAGCAGAGCAGCCCAGGGGAGGGGCAGGGGCAGGGGUAGGGGUAGGGGCAGGGGUAGGGGUAGGGGAAGGGGAACGACAACUCGCCGCCGUUUGAUACAUGAUGAGGUGGACGAAGAUGAAGACUUAGAUUAUCAGGAAGAAGAUGAUCUGCUAGGUGAUGAAUAA